CUAACGAUGAUAACAUCGCUUGAAAGAAUGAGGCGAUAGGUUGAUGAGCACUAAGAGGGGAGAAAGCAUGACAUGUUGAAUACGGUUGAUCGGCAGACUCCAGUAACACAGCGGAACAACGGAUUCACAGCGACAGCCCGAUCAGAAAAAGAUCUCACGUCCAUCCAGUGACUACUCCGUACAUCCAGUCUUAUUCAACAAUCCACCUGCACCCUCCAACCUCCAACCUGAACUCACCACUCACACCACACCGCAUCACAAUUCUUCCUAUAAUCGACUGCCUGCCUCAUCAAGAGGCCCGCCAUGUUCUUUUCCCAAGUACCAGACGAGAUAAUUCAACAUUUGCUCUAUUAUAUCCCCCCAGAAGACAACCUCUCUAAUUUCCAACUUGUCUCGCAUCGCCUAAGGCAUCUGGCUGAUGAACCGCUUCUGUGGAAAUAUCAUUGUCGAAGCAAUUUUAGAUUCUGGCAUCCCGAGCACAACCUGCAGCGUCGUUUAAAGGGCAGGGCGUCUGAUACACCGUGGAAGAAAUUAUUCAUCUUACGGAAGUCCCGCAAUGAACAGCUUAAACGUCUCUUGGGCGAGAUCCUUGUAACCAAAGUUGGCCGCCUGAAGCGAUAUGAAAAAGUUUGCCAACUUGGUUAUGACGCCAAAGAUUUUCUUCUAGAGCAGUGCAAAGCAGACGAGAAUGCUGAAGAUGUCUUGGCUCGACGAUAUUAUAGUCAAUCCCUGCUGGAUAGUGUCCACAGAUCUAUCGCCAUUGAUGAGUGGCACAACAUUCAACUUGUGACCUCGACUCACAGUGGGCAACCACAGACCCUCAGCCUUGAGCGCGCUCUUGGGGCGUUCGAUUUAUUCGUUCUGCACGACCAGCCCGGAGAUUUGGACGAUAUUAGCGAUAUUCUUGAUAAUCUGGCAGCGGCGUUUCUUGAGACUCAACCAGACAUCGGUGAAAUGUCAACACGACAAAAGGCACUGGAGUUAAACCGAUGGCUCCGAAUGAAUAACCUCACAGGUUUGCGGAAUCCUGAGACAAGUUAUCGAAAUCUCAGAAAUUGUCUCAUCGGCCAAGCUCUGCGCCAUGAAGAUCAUGACUCGAUUCCUAUCAUCUCCAGCGCCAUCUUUUGCUGCCUCGCUCAGCGUUUGGGUGUCGAAGCACAAUGCUGCGCAUUUCCAACUCAUGUACAUGCUAUAGUGCUUGCAGAGAAAGGAAAGACUUUAGACAGCACCCCUGUUACAGAGGACCAUGCACCUCCAGAGAGGAUGUACUUAGAUCCCUAUGGCUCAAGUGAGGAGAUUCCUCUGGCUGAUUUACAGGCUUUGCUGUCCCGUUUUGGCUGGCAGUCGAGCACCGAUACCUUCUUGUCUCCCGUAAACCCUGUCGCCAUUGCCAUGCGGACAGCGCGCAAUAUCAGAGCCACUGCUGCCAGGGUGAUUGGCGCCCACGAGCAGGCUGACCCUGAACUUACCAGACUCAUCACCGGCAAUGAUCCAGCCAAUAUUGAGGCUUCCCUCUACUCCGCACUCUGGGCGUCUCUUCUUCUUACACCGGUCGACUCCUUCGAAUGGGACGAGGUUUUGGAACCUUUCCUUAACCGAUUUGCAAAGAGCUGGCACGUAGAUGCCUGGCUUGUUGAGAAGUACAUAUUCCCUUUGUACGAUCGCUUUGGCCCCUUUCGUGAGAGAUUCAUGAGGAACAAUCCCCGUAGGUGGGAUGACCCUCACGAGGUUUUAGGUCUUGUGGAUGAGUUUGAUGAGGUUCCACCGCCGGUUUUUCACAGGAACAACGCGCGAACCCAAAAUGUGCUCUACAAGAUCGGGCAGGUCUUUAGACACCGACGAUAUGGCUGGAUCGGUGCUGUUAACGGGUGGACCGACCAGGGUACGAGGCGUUUGCCCAUGCCACACACCGUGGCUAUUGACGAGACGCUGGACGAUAACAGCGAUACAGAAUUACCUAACCGGGUGCGUCCCCGAAACCAAACCUUUUACACAUGCCUACGCACAAUAGGCCCUGAGCGGCAUGUUGUUGCAGAAGACAAUAUUGUGCUGAUUCAAGAUCCGAGAGAGGUCCCGGAAUCUUUGUUUCCUCAGGCUGGAAAGUUCUUUAAGAGAUUUGAUGCUGAGACUUGCACCUUUGUGUCCAACAUUACGGAGCAGUACCCGGACGAUUAAAGGGUGUUGAGAAUCUUUGCUUUUAUGUUGGUUAUCACGAUUUUUACUCUUCGGAAUGCAUGCUUGGUGUUCGGAAGGCUUUAUUACGAUGGACGGCGAGCAGUCUCUCUUUAGAGGAGAUCAUGGUUCACGAUACAGGUGGUUGAUGCAGCGAAAAGGUGUGCAAAGGAUUGCUAUAAUAGAAUUAGUUUCAAUAGCAUGAGUAAGUAGGAUCCUCAAGUACUACAUAUGCUCUAAGCGCUCUAAGCUCUUUGUGACUUCAAUAGGACGUUGGAUCAUAUCACGUCGCUUUGAUUACUUCUUCCAAAACACCCUUCUCGGCAAGCUUUUUCAUCCACUUGUGUAGGGCAGGCCCGUAGUCCUUUUUUCGGCCUUUUACUCGCUGCUCGUCAUCGGAGAUAGCCAUCAAUUCUGAGCGGUACUCGCCCAUAGCAGCCUUGACGUCGACCACAAGCUCUUGGUGAAGCUCAUAAGCACUCUGAGUGUCGAAACUCGGUCGUUUAAUCUUUUCCUGUAGAGCGUCUGGAACUUGUGCAUUGAUAAUAUCUGCCUUGGUGAGGUUAAAAUCGGACAGUCGCGACUCGUCUUCCAUGUCCAGAGGAGCUUUCUCGGCAGAGAUGAGGUCCUUGAAUGCGUGAAGAGAUUCGGUGUUCUUGUGUAGAUACUGAAGGGAUGCAGCGGCGUGAGCAAUAGUUUGUGAGUAGGCAGUGAGCGGGCUCUGACAAAGAGCUAGAAGGUUGAAGGAGAGCUGACUCUCUUCAUAUUGGAGCAUUCGGCCUUCGAUUUGUG